UUCCCAGCCCCGAUUUCAGCUUCCACGCCGACGAGCACCUGGAAGUUUACGUCUCGGCCACGGAAAACCCCAACCACUUCUGGAUCCAGAUCGUUGGCCACCGCAGCCUGCAGCUGGACAAGCUGACGGCCGAGAUGGGGCAGUACUACCAGAGCAGCGGCCGCGCGGCAGAGCUCUCCACCGUCCAAGCAGGGGACAUCGUGGCCGCUCCCUACGCCGACGACAGCGAGUGGUACCGAGCCCGCGUGCUGGGCACGCUGGAAAACGGCAACUUUGACCUUUACUACGUGGAUUUUGGGGACAACGGGGAGGCCCCCCGCGAGGCACUGCGAGCCCUGCGGCUGCUGGAGGACACCAAGCACCAGCCCAAGGGGAAUUUGGAGCUGAUCCUCACCCAGUCGGUGGAGAAUUUGGGGAACCGGGGAGACCUGGUCAGCGUGAAAAAACAUGUGGGCCGUAACAAGCUGCUGCCGCAGGGACUGGCUGUCUACGCCUCGCCAGAGAACAAGAAGAUGUUUGAGGAGGAGAAGAAGUUGCGCCAGGAAGGGAAGCUGGAGAUGCUCCAAACCCAGAGCGGGGAGAAGACCAUCAAGUUCCUCAAGAGCUGCCGCCUCGAGGUGGGCAUGAAAAACAACGUCAAGUGGGAGCUGAACAACGAAAUCGUGGCUCGGCACUUCCUCAAAAAC